CCGAGACCAUGCUGAAGACGGCUGAGGACCUGGCUGGACCGUACGUUUGGGGUCAGUACGACAUCCUGGUUCUUCCUCCGUCUUUCCCCUACGGAGGCAUGGAGAACCCCUGUCUGACCUUCGCCACGCCCACCCUGCUGGCAGGAGACAAGUCCCUGUCCAAUGUGAUCGCUCACGAGAUCUCCCACAGCUGGACUGGGAAUCUGGUGACCAACAAGACCUGGGAGCACUUCUGGUAAACACAGAAACACACCAGUUAACCCUUAAAUCAGCCCUCACAA